AUGGUGAAGAAACCCACCUUCGCCUUGCUUAUCCUCUUAGCAAUUGGUUUUUCUUCAGCUUCUUCUGUGUUUUCUCCUAACUUCCCCCUUGUGAGCAAACAAAACAAUUUUUGCUUGACACGGAGUGGCUUUAUAUUUUUUUUAAAAUAUUAUUAUAUAGUAAAAUUUAAAAAAUUUUCCAGUUUGCAAAAAUGAGAAAAAAAUAAUAUAAUUACAAAAUUUAUGUUUUAAAAUGCAAGUUGUUUAAAAUUAAAAAGGAUUAGCUAGAGAUUUCAUUAUAAUAAAUUACCACUUAUAUAUCAAAAUAUUUUUUUUAUAAAGAAUUUUCAUAUUAAAAAUAUUUUUUAUUCACCCACAGAGGGGGUGGGAGUAAGGACACUCCACAGUUUCUUCCCAGAAUCCAAGCUGAAUCAAGCCAAUUUAAAGAAAUUUAUAGGCCAGCCCGAGUUCAUAUAUUCACAUUUUCCCAUCCCAAAAUCAUUAUUUUUACUAUUCAAAACUUUAAAAAAUUUAAUUAUUAAAAGUUAAAUAAUGCAUUUAGUCUUUUAAAUUCCUUAUAGAAGUUAAUUCCAUAUCUCCACAUAUGGAUGAUUUAUUGGAAGAUUUAGAAGACUCAGCCUAUAAAGCAUCAGAAAUCUUAUCACAAUUCUUGUUCGUCAAGCCAAUAGCCCAGCCUCUUAAGCUUGGCGAAAAAAAUAGCUGUGAUGGCAUCCAGCUAGAAAAUUACAUGAAGCUUGGAGGGAUUGAAGCAGACUUGGUCGUAUUUUUCACCAUAAGUGACAACUUUAAGCAGAAUUCUACCAGCUUCAAGGUCUGUGAAGUAUCUAAUGAAAACCAGCUCAUUAGUGUAGAAAUUCAGGUAGAUCCAAAAACUUAUAAAGGGCUCAAUGAAGACAAAAAAGUUACCUUGCUAACUCAUCCAUGAUCUAGAAUUAUUUAGAGCUAUUUUAAUUUUAAUUAUAAUUUAUGCUUUAUGCGCUAAAGGGUGCUAAUAAGCAAUAAAUAAUUAACAAGGGAAUUAUAUUUUUUGCAAAGAUUUGCUAAAAUAAGCAAAAAUAUAUCAUUAAAUUUCAAAAAAAGUGUCAAAAAUGUGUCACAUGCUCGCUAAAAUAGCUAACAGUGUGUCAAAAUUGGUCUAAAAUGUAAAAUAAUUUAAUAUGACUAUAUAAAAACGCAUGCUUAUGAAAAAUAAUAUAUAAUCAGUGAUAACUAAUAUUAAGCAAAUAUAAAGGUUAUUGCACUUGAAUAAAUAAAAAAACCUUGGCUUGCUAUAUGAUUCUAUAUUUAGAGUUUUUGAUAAGCUCUAAAUAAGAGCAUAAUAUAAAAAAAUGAUUAUCUUUUUUUUUUUACAUUUUAGACAAAUCUGACAUUUUUUGACCAAAAAAUGAUACUAUUAUUUCAGACUCUGUUAACUAUUUUUACAUAUUUUGAUAAUUUUUGACCUUUUUGACCUUUUUGCUUGUUUUAGCAAAUCUUUGCAAAAAAAAAUAAAUCCUUUGCUAACUAUUUAGCGUUUCUCAGCACCAUUUAGUGCAAGUUUAGCAGGUUCUCCAUUUUAAAUUCUCAAAAAAAAAUAUUAUGAUUAUUGAUAAUAAUUAUAUUCACUAUCAAAUAAUAUUAAAACUUUUACUUCAGCGAUUAGUUUUUCAUCAGGAGUAAGCAGAGGAAUUAUCAGAGCUGUCUUCAACGGAGAAAACAAAAAAUUUGUCAAAGAUCUUGAAGAAAGCUUAGAAGCUCUCACAGAUCAGCCAAUCCUUAAAGAUUGCGUAGCACCUUGUGCCACUUGUGUAGUAGGAAACGAUGCCCAAUGUGCCAGCUGUGUAACUGGCUAUUACCUAACUGGCACAACAUGCACUGCUUGCGCUCCUCCUUGUUCCACCUGUAGCGACGCUACCACUUGCAUUGCCUGCACUGAUACCACUCAUAUGACAGCUCCUCCAACUUGUGCCUGCCCAACUAACGGAGCCUUAUCAGGGUCUAAUUGUGUCUGUAAUGCAGGCUAUUACUUCAGCUCCAACACUGCCUGUUCUGCAUGUGCCACCCAAUGUUCAUCAUGCACUGUUUCUAAUACAAAUUGCGUAACUUGCGUUGACAUAACCCAUAUGAGUGCGGCACCAACCUGUGGGUGUCCUCUAAACUCAGCCCUAUCUGGAACAGCUUGUGCUUGUAAUGCUGGGUAUUUUUAUAGUGAUACAACAACCUGCACUGCUUGCAAUUCAAAUUGUGGAAGCUGUACAACAGCAGCGAAUAAUUGCGUGACUUGUGUGGAUCCGAAUCAUAUGUCGGCUGCCCCAGCUUGUGCUUGUACUGCGAAUUCAAAUCUUAUAGGGACUUUUUGUGUUUGCAGCCCUGGGUAUUAUUCUACUAAUAAUGUAUGUCAAGCUUGCAGCCCUCAGUGUGCUGCUUUGGGUUGAGUUUUUAUUUUAAUUACUUUUAAAGAAAAAAAUAGUAGUUAUUUUUUUACUUAAAAAAUAUUAGGUCAUGCUGCUUGCACUGUAGAUGCUAGCGUAUGUUCUUCAUGCACUGACCAAACUCACAGCUUAGGAGCACCUAAUUGUUACUGCCCAGCAAAUUCUCAGCUGACUGCAGGCGCUUGUGUAUGCAACGCUGGAUACUAUUUUUCAGCAGCUACUGUAUGCACUGCAUGUCAAACUAACUGUGCAACUUGUAGUUCUGGAACUGCUUGUUUAACCUGCGCUGAUCCCACUCAUAUGACAGCAGCUCCUAACUGCCAAUGUCCAGCGAACUCUUCUCAGCAAGGAACUACCUGUGUGUGCAAUACAGGCUAUUACUUUUCUAAUGCAAACACUUGUUCUCCAUGCCAAGGCAACUGUGCAACCUGCAAUACAAGCCCAACUGUUUGUGAUUCCUGCACUGAUACCACCCAUAUGGCAAUUCCUACAUGUAACUGCCCAGCCUCCUCUACAGUCUCUCAAGGACAAUGUGUUUGUAAUGCAGGAUUCUAUUUCAGCUCCUCUACCACCUGUUCUGCAUGCAAUGGUAACUGUGCGAGUUGCCAAAAUACUGCAGCAGCCUGUAUUGCCUGCAUUGAUACCACUCAUAUGAGCGCUCCACCUACCUGUGCCUGCCCUGCUUCUUCAACACUUACUGGAGGGGCAUGUGUGUGUAACCCAGGCUUUUAUUAUUCUUCUAAUACUCUCUGCUCUGCUUGUGCUAUUAACUGUGCCACUUGUACCACUGGAACUAGUUGCUCAACCUGCAUUGAUACAGUCCAUAUGUCAGCAGCCCCUACAUGUGCUUGCCCAACUAACUCACUCCUCGCCAAUAAUGUAUGUACCUGCAAUGCUGGGUUUUUCUAUAGUUCUGGGACAGCGACGACCUGUACUGCUUGCAGUACAAACUGUGCGACCUGUUCUAAUACAGCUGGGAACUGUUUGACUUGUACUGAUACCACUCAUAUGACAGCUGCUCCUGCUUGUGCUUGUCCAGCAAACUCUGUCAACGCUGGUGGACAGUGUAUUUGCAAUACUGGGUAUUAUUUCUCUGCUAAUGGCCAAUGUAGCCCUUGUGCUACUCAGUGUUCUGCCUGUUCUGUGUCAGACUCUACCUGUUCAGCUUGUAUUGAUACUGUCCAUAUGGGAAAUCCUCCAACCUGCUCUUGUCCAAACUUUUCAGCUUUGGUUGCUGGAACCUGCACUUGUAACACAGGUUAUUACUUCAGCUCAAAUACCGUUUGUGCUGCUUGUGCUCCACAAUGCGUUAGCUGCACUAACACCAAUACCAAUUGUGGAUCUUGUGUGGAUAAUACUCAUAUGACUGCAGCCCCAGCUUGUGCUUGCCCUGCAAAUGGAAGUCUAGUCGGCAACAUUUGUGCCUGCAAUAUAGGUUAUUAUUACAGUUCCGCUACAGUUUGUUCUGCUUGUUUACCUAAUUGUGCCAGUUGUGACUUAAAUCCUAAUACAUGUGAUACCUGCAAAGACACAACUCAUAUGUCAGCUGCUCCUAGUUGUGCAUGUCCUACCAAUUCAGCUCUGACCGGGACUACUUGUGUUUGUAAUACUGGGUACUUUUAUAGCUCAAAUACUGUAUGCUCAGCAUGUCAGAAUAACUGCCAAAGCUGUACUGGUUCAGCGGCGAAUUGUGCAACCUGCAUUGAUACAGUUCAUAUGACAGCUGCUCCUGCAUGUGCUUGUCCUGCUUUAAGCUCCUUAGUUAAUGGACUUUGUGUCUGUAAUGCAGGCUAUUAUUUCAGCUCUGCCAGUGUCUGUUCUCCUUGCAGUACAAAUUGUGCAGGAUGCACAAAUACAGCUGCCAAUUGCAAUGCUUGUGUUGAUACUACUCAUAUGUCAGCUGCCCCUACAUGUUCUUGCCCUACAAAUGGAUUCCUAAACGGAAACACUUGCCAAUGCAACCCUGGGUACUAUUACAGCACCCCUACAACCUGUCUAGCCUGCAACACUAACUGUGCUACUUGUGAUACAAACCCUAAUACUUGUGAUACUUGUAUAGACUCAAUUCACAUGACAGCAGCUCCUGCUUGUCAGUGUCCAGCUCAGUCUACCUUUACUACAGGUGCUUGUGUCUGCAAUCCUGGUUACUAUUACAGCUCAGCUACUACCUGUUCUCAAUGUUCAGGACAAUGUGCGACCUGUUCUCAGUCUUCUACUAACUGUGAAAGCUGCACUGAUACGACUCAUAUGUCAAAUGCUCCAGGCUGCAACUGUCCUGCCCAAGCUACAUUAGUUGGUAAUACCUGUGUUUGCAAUGCUGGGUAUUUUUACUCUUCAAAUACUGUGUGCUCUCAAUGUGCUGGAAACUGCGGAACCUGUGCGAAUACCCAAGCAAAUUGUUUGACCUGUUCAGACACCACGCAUAUGACUGCAGCCCCUGUUUGUGCAUGUCCUGCAUUUUCGACCCUUACUAAUGGACAAUGUGUCUGCAAUGAUGGGUAUUAUUAUUCUAGCAACUCAGUCUGCUCGCCUUGUGCUGGGCAAUGCCAAACUUGCUCUGCUUUAAAUACUUGUACUGCUUGUACUGAUUCUGUUCAUACCAAUGGCAUACCUACCUGCACUUGUCCUACAAGCUCAACGUUUACUAACAGUCAAUGUGUCUGCAAUACAGGCUUUUUCUAUAGCAAUCCUACUACAUGUACCCAAUGUGCCACAAACUGCGCAUCUUGUGUGAAUUCUGCCUUAAAUUGUGUUACCUGCACUGAUGCUGUCCAUAUGGGGAACCCUCCUCACUCCUCCUUUAAAUUUUACAAAAAAUCCGAUUUCAAUUAAAGGGGGUUUAAAUUUUAAAAAUUUAAAAAAAGUAUAAAAUGAAGACAAUGCAUUAAAUUUUAACUUAUUUUUAUGAAAAAUAAUUAUAAAACUUAAUCGAUUUAGUGCGAAAACUGUUUAAAAUAGCAUUUUAAUUGCACUCUUUCCUAUUAAAUUUGGUCAAAACUAAUUUUAUAAUAUUUUCAAUACAAUCUUUUUUCUAUAACCAUUUUACGUGUUAAAGUACCAAAAAAUGAAAAUUUACCUGGGGGAGUCAGUGCUAUUGCCCAGCAUUGAGCACAUUGGUAGGAAAUACUUGUGUAUGUAAUAAUGGGUACUAUUACAGCAGCAAUACUGUAUGCGCUCAAUGUGCACCUCAAUGUGGGACUUGCCAGACAUCAAACACUAACUGCCAGACCUGUGCUGAUACUACUCAUAUGUCCGCAGCUCCUCAAUGCUCCUGCCCUACUAAUUCAGCCCUUACGAAUGGCAAUUGUGUCUGUAGCCCUGGAUAUUACUAUUCAUCCGCAACCACUUGUUCAGCUUGCAAUGCUCAAUGUGCCACUUGCUCUACCUCAGCUGCAGCUUGUUCUACAUGUGUUGAUACCACUCAUAUGUCAGCAGCUCCAGCCUGUUCCUGCCCAACCAGCAGUACUUUAACUAAUGGCAACUGUGUAUGUAACCCUGGUUUCUAUUACAGCAGCAAUACUAUGUGCUCUGCAUGUAGCAUCCAAUGUUCAACUUGCACUACCUCCUCUACCAACUGUCUCACCUGUGUUGACGCCACCCACAUGUCAGCCGCUCCAACUUGUGCCUGUCCAAACUAUUCUACCUUAGCCAACAAUGUCUGUUCCUGUAACUCCGGCUAUUACUACAGCUCCAACACAGUCUGCUCUCCAUGCACCGCUCCAUGUGCCCAAUGCAUAAAUCAAGCUACUUUUUGUACAGCCUGCGUUGACCCAAACUAUUCAACCCUUUCCAAUGGUGUCUGCACUUGCACAGACCCAAAUGCUACUUUCAGUACAAGUUCUAAUAAAUGUGUCUGCAAUAAUGGGUACUAUUUCAACAGUUCUUACAAUAAAUGCUUAUUAUGCUCCUCUGGCUGUGCAUUUUGUGCGAGUGCUUCUUCUUGUUCUGCCUGCUAUGAUCCUAUAAAUACAAUUAACAAUAGCAAUGGAUCUUGCUCCUGUAUUGACAAAAAUGCCGUUUUCAGCACAAAUACCAAUGUAUGUCAAUGUGCCCCAGGGUAUUAUAAAGGGAAGAAUGGUGUAUGUGCUGCAUGUGGGGCAGGCUGCCAGACCUGUACAAGCCCAACAAACUGUGUAACCUGCUAUGACCAAGCCCAUACCUCAAUUUCUACUUCAGGAGCUUGCUUCUGUGAUGACCCUGAUGCCAAUUUUGAUAACUCCCAGAAGCUUUGUGUUUGUGACGACGGGUAUUGGAACAGUGGUGGCGCUUGUAUCCCAUGCCCAUCUACAUGCCAAAAAUGUGUGUCCCAGACGUCCUGCUCUGUUUGUUUUGAUCCUUCACAUACAGUUAUUAGUUCUGGGGUCUGUGUUUGUAGUGAUCCAAAUGCUGUUUUUAACUCCCAAAGGCAAAUAUGUGGCUGCAACCAAGGAUAUUACUCUAAUGGAAAUUCCUGCUCUUCAUGUGGAAAUGGAUGCUCUGCUUGUGGAGAUCCAAAUAGCUGCACAAGUUGUUACGACACUCAAAAUGCUGCAGUUGUGAAUGGAGUUUGUAAAUGCAAUGACAAAAAUGCGUCAAUCUUCCCAGGAGCUGUGACUUGUGCAUGCAACCCUGGGUAUUAUAACAGCUUAACCAAUGUCUGCACAGCUUGUGAUACAGGCUGUUCUCAAUGCAGUGAUCAGAAUACCUGCAAAAUUUGUUUUGACCAGAAUAAUAUGAGCUUAAACGCUGAUGGGUCAUGCACAUGUUAUGAUACUUUGAAAGAAUUUAAUACCCAAGAAGAAGCAUGUGUAUGCAAGAAUGGUUACUAUUUGGUAGAAAAUUCGAAUACUUGUUCUCCUUGUGAUGUUAGCUGUGCUACUUGUAGUGCUGCAAAUGUAUGUAUAACCUGUCAAGAUGCAUCUGCAACGGUUAAUAAUGGAAACGGGACUUGUUCUUGUGCAAAGGGGAAGUUUAACCCAACCACGAAUAUGUGUGAAAGCAAGUCAGGGUCAAUGGAUCUGAUCUUCUCUUGGAUUUGGCUGCUAGUAUUGGGUCUGAUUUCAAUGAAUUAG